CGAGUUCACGUCACGUUCUUGGAAAUGGGAGAAUCGAAACCAAAAAUAGACAUUCAUACGUAGGUGUAGAAGGCUUGUGCUUCUUAGAAGUCGGAGCCUACUGCGACCACACACUGGAAAUCGCUGAUCAACAAUCAGCAACACUAAUUCAGAACUGGAAUCUGGUUUGCUUUGCCUUUUGUUGAAGUUCGUUAUCUGGCGUCACUGUCCACGAUAUCGCCUACCGAAGCAAUGACCGAGCAUAAUUGUAAAUCAGUCCUCCAGUCAAGCGGAGAUAAGCGCCACUAAAGGCAAUAACUGAUUGUACGCAGUUUUGUUCCGAAUCACGAUUGGUCGAAGAGAGAAUCUCGAUUGAGCCAGUUUGCGAGAGCGACCCGAACUGUGCAAAGGUUCAUUCGAGUGCGUGCGCGAUCGAUUUCCAUUUUGGUUCCAUUGAAGUUCUGGACAAUGGGUAUCAAAAACACGGGUAAACUUGCUGGAAAAACGUUAUUCAUCACGGGAGCCUCGCGAGGAAUCGGUAAGGCGAUCGCACUGAAGGCGGCCCGCGACGGUGCCAAUGUGGUGAUAGCAGCGAAAACCGCCGAACCACACCCGAAGCUGCCGGGAACGAUCUACACGGCGGCAGCCGAAGUUGAAGCCGCUGGCGGUAAAGCUUUGCCUUGCGUUGUGGAUGUCCGCGAUGAAGCCGCCGUUCGUAGCGCAAUCAAAAGCGCCGUGGAUAAGUUUGGCGGAAUUGAUAUUCUGAUCAAUAACGCCAGCGCCAUCUCUAUGACGCCAACGGAGCAGACCGAGAUGAAGCGUUAUGAUUUGAUGCAUAACAUUAAUUCUCGGGGAACGUUCCUUGUCUCCAAGGAAUGCCUACCAUAUCUGAAAAAGAGCAACCAUGGUCACAUCCUGAACUUGUCGCCACCUUUGACCCUGAAUCCGGAGUGGUUCGCCCGCAACGUAGCCUACACCAUGUCCAAGUACGGCAUGUCCAUGUGCGUUCUCGGAAUGGCCGAAGAGUUCCGAAAGGAUGGCAUUGCUGCGAACGCUCUAUGGCCGGCCAAAUUGAUCCACACGGCCGCAGUGGACAUGAUCCACGGCGAUGGAGCCGAAACGUUUUCCCGCACCGCGGAAAUCAUGGCCGACGCCGCCUAUGCCAUUCUCUGCAAGGACCCGCGCACCUGUACCGGAAACUUCUUCAUCGAUGAGGAUUUGCUGCGGGCGGAAGGCGUCACCGAUCUCAGCGAAUAUUCCUGCAUCCCCGGAAAUGAGCAGAACCUUCGCUUUUGCAUAUUCGUAGAUCCGAAUCGAUCGAAACUCUAGCGAGAAGAAACAAAAACUGCUUCUGGAAUCCAU